GUCUCCACCCACUACCGCUGUGCUGAAGCAGAAACUGAUAUGAGACGAAGAAACAGAGUUCUCCUGACAGAUACUGAAGUUUGACUCCUAGUACUGAGCUUUUACUGGAUUUGUGAACACACACACUUGUUGGACAUGGGCUUUCUUCUGACCAAGAUGAUGGCUGUGUUCGGUGACAGAGAGCACAAAGUCAUCAUUGUGGGUUUGGACAAUGCUGGAAAGACAACCAUCCUCUAUCAGUUUCUGACGAAGGAGGCCGUUCACACAUCGCCAACCAUUGGCAGCAACGUUGAGCAGAUCUCUGUCCGAAACACACACUUCUUGGUUUGGGAUAUUGGAGGACAGGAGAGCCUUCGAGCCAGCUGGUACUCAUACUACGGCAACACAGAGAUUGUCAUCCUGGUUGUGGACAGCACCGACCGAGAACGUCUCACUCUAAGCAAAGAUGAGCUGCAUCGAAUGCUCUCGCAUGAGGACCUGCAGAAUGCAGCCGUUCUUAUUUUGGCCAACAAACAAGACAUGAAGGGCUCGAUGACGGCUGCCGAGAUCUCCCAGUGCCUCACACUUGACUCCAUCACAACACACUCAUGGCAUGUCCAAGCCUGCUGUGCCCUGACAGGAGAAGGCUUACCUGCCAGUCUGGAUUGGAUGAAAUCACGAGUUGUUGCGAACUAGAAUCCAUUCCAGUGGAUGAAACUUCCUCAAACUGAGCCACCCUCAAAGGCAUUGCAAAAGCCACAGUGUGUGGUAUUUUUUACAGUGUUUUGGGCAAAGUCCUGUGAACAUGGCACCUGUGAUAGAGCCUGCCUCGCCACACCUACAGUAUGUCUUACCCAGCUGUGUGAGAGUCUGCAAAGGGGCUGCCUCCUGAGCAGCAGAGAAACUCAGAUGAUACCUUACCAGCCAUAUAUCUACUGUUCAAGAGCCACUUGGUGGUUUGAUUAUAUUCUAAUAAUCUGGUUUACUGCACAGUGAGGUGUACCAGGUUUAAGACACCCUAUGUGACCAGUGAUAUCACAUUCCACAUUGGUGCUAAUAUCAUUCCUUUAUCUCACCACAGUUAACCCGGGAUAAACCACACCUUACUUUAUUAAAGUAUCAUUCAUUCAUUAAUUACUAGGACUGAACAUCUUAUACCAAAGAUGUCACCUACAUUUGAUGAUCACAGAUGAUAAUUGAACACUAUGUGCUAUUUGUCUCAUUUAAAUUUAAGUAGGCCAAUCUGGUGACCUCAUUUCCCUUUGAGCAUGACAAUCGUGAUUCCAUUUUGACCUUUGAUUGCUGACUAUCUUUCUUGAUUUACCUCGCUUGUUACAAAACAGCUUUCCAAUCACAAAGUGAGUUUCGUAGCUGCCUAAUAUCAAGCCUCAGACUUUUGCACACACUGUAGCUCCUGUGGCCUUCAGAAACUCUGCAAUGUUUUGAUACAAGUCUGUACAUGAAAUUAAAAGUAUAAACAUGUAUUUUAUGCCAGUGAACAACAGGACACAUUUGUUAGACUUAAAAAUGUUUAAUAAUUUAUUUUUUUUAAACAAAGCUCUUAAAGUAUUAACUGUAUAUUACAGAAAUUUCCCAAAUAGGAAAAGGAGCUAGCUGCUAAAGAUUAUGAGUAUAUAUUGUAUUGUGUGAUUUUUUUAAAAUAAAUAUUAUCUUUGCAAAUAUG